UAAGGCUAUGAAUAUACAGACCAUAAAUGGGAAAGAAAAAGGAGAACCUUGGAAGAAGUUUAAUUAGAAGCCAUGGAGAAAAAGGAAAGAAUAAUGAAAGAAGACAAAGUUUGAAACAUACAACUGACCUUCCUGAUGGCUACGACUGGGCUCGUCUUAACUUGCGUAGCGUUACCGAACAGAAUGACUUGGAUGAAUUUCUAGCAACUGCUGAACUUGCCGGCACAGAAUUCAUUGCGGAGAAACUGAACAUUCAGUUUGUGAAUCCUAAAACUAGAAUUGGUCUAUUGUCAGAAGAGGAAAAAAAAGCAAUUAAAGAAGCUCAAGAAAACAAUAAAAAGCUCUUAUCAAUUCCAAGAAGACCACAGUGGGACUAUAACACCACACCUGAACAACUGGACCAGAAUGAAAAAGACAGAUUUCUUGAGUGGCGUCGACAACUCUCUCAACUGGAAGAGACGGAACACCUGAUUUUAACACCUUAUGAGAAAAACUUGCAAUUUUGGAGACAGUUAUGGAGAGUUGUGGAGAAAAGUGAUAUUAUAGUACAGAUUGUAGAUGCCAGGAAUCCUCUCCUUUUUCGUUCUGAAGAUCUCGAGCAGUAUGUCAAAGAAAUAGAUGAAAACAAGCACAAUUUAAUCCUAAUUAACAAGGCUGACUUCUUGACUGCUGAUCAAAGGGAAGCUUGGGCUGUCUAUUUCACUCAGCUUGGAGUUAAAGCAAUUUUCUUUUCAGCACUUCAGCAAAAUGCAGAUGAGAUUUCUGAUGUAAAUACUAGUUUUGAACAAUCACAAGAAACUGAAGGCAUCUCAUCCAGUAGAACACAAGAUGACCUUGGAUAUAGAGAGGCUACAGAUCAUACAUUGAACAAUCUUUACACCAAUGAAGGUCAAGAGCAGCUUGAAAGUACGAGUGCUAAUUCAGAGGUCAAAGAUCAGCCUGUCAGUAGCAUUUGUAAGAAAGGUCAAAGUCAGAAUACUUCUGAAUAUGCUGAGCCAAAAAACUUGACAUCUUCAUCCUUGUUUUCCAGAGAACACUUGAUUACCUUUUUUAAAACAUAUAACGGAGACAAAAAAGUCAAAGGAGGAGCAACCACUGUAGGGCUGGUGGGUUAUCCAAAUGUUGGGAAGAGCUCUACAAUCAAUGCCUUGUUAAAAAGUAAAAAAGUUUCUGUGUCGACAACUCCUGGUAAAACUAAACAUUUUCAAGUAAGUUUCUGUGUCAACAAUUCCUUGUAA